CGUCCGGUCUGUUUGUCGGUCGGACCAGCUAGCAGAAGCGGCGCAGAAUAACAGCGUCUGUUUGGUCUGAAUUGGCUGUAGGAGGAACCGUUUUCGUGAGGCCGUCGGCCUGUCGGACCUGCCCCAGUAGGACGUCAGCGUCUGCAUCAUGUCGGGGAACAACCUGGUGCUGCCCAUCGUGCUGUGGGGCCGCACGGCGCCCACCCACUGCAUCAGCAGCUUACUGGUGAUGGACGACUUCAGCACCAUCAUCACCGGCUGCCAUGACGGUCAGAUCUGCCUGUGGGACAUGACGCCCGAGCUGCAGAUCUGUCCCAGAGCGAUGCUGUUCGGCCACACGGCCUCCGUCACCUGCCUGUCCAAAGCCAGCGCCAGCAGCGACAAGCAGUACAUCGUCAGCGCCUCGGAGAGCGGGGAGAUGUGUCUGUGGGACGUAAACGACGGGCGCUGUAUCGAGUUCACCAAGCUGGCCUGCGCUCACACCGGGAUUCAGUUCUACCAGUUCACCAUCGGUACGCUGAAGGAGGGCCGCCUGCUGUGUAACGGCCAUUACCCAGAGAUCCUUGUGGUUGACGCCACCAGCCUGGAGGUGCUCUACUCUCUGGUCUCUAAGAUCUCUCCUGAUUGGAUCAGCUCCAUGAGCAUCAUCCGCUCCCAUCGGACCCAAGAGGACACGGUGGUGGCAGUAUCAGUGACGGGGAUUUUGAAGGUGUGGAUGAUAACAGCUGAGGUCAGCAAGAUGCAGGAUCUGGACCCGGUCUUUGAGGAAGAGUCCAAGCCCAUCUACUGCCAGGGCUGCCAGAGCAUCUCGUUCUGCAGCUUCACCCAGAGCAGCUUGCUGGUGGUCUGCUCCAAGUACUGGAGGGUGUUCGAUGCAGGAGACUACUCUCUGCUCUGCUCCGUUCCCAGCGACAGCGACCAGUCCUGGACCGGCGGUGAGUUCAUCUCUGCGGAUAAAGUCAUCAUCUGGACCGAAGACGGCUGCAGCUACAUCUACAAGCUGCCGGCCAGCUGCCAGUCCGCCAGCGAACAUUUCCGCAGCGACGUUGGGCGAACCAAGGAAGGAUCGAUCCCCCCGCUGAUCUACAGCAUCGCCGAGCGCUCAGACAAACAGCUCCUCAUCUGCCCCCCGGUGACCCGGUUCUUCUUCGGCCGCCGGGAGCCGUUCCACAAGCUGCUGAUCCAGGGAGACUCGGCCGGCCGCCUGUCGCUGUGGAGCGUCCCGGACGCCACGCCGCCGCAGCCGACCGCAACGCCGGCAGAGCUGCAGAUGUCGUCCUCCAUCAGCCUGCAGGAGGCGUUCGAUAAGCUGACGCCCGUCUCUUCUGGGAUCAUCGACCAGCUGAGCGUCCUGCCCAGCAAGCAACAACCCAUCAAGGUUACGGCCAGCGUCUACAUCCCGUCUCAGGGCCGGCUGGUGUGCGGCCGGGAGGACGGCAGCAUCGUCCUGGUCCCCGCCACGCAGACGGCCAUCGUGCAGCUGCUGCAGGGGGAGCACAUGCUGCGCAGGGGCUGGCCGCCCCACCGGACGCUGCGGGGUCACCGGAACAAGGUGACCUGCGUCCUCUACCCGUACCAGGUGUCGCCCCGCUACGACCAGCGCUCCCUGGUGUCCGGAGGAGUGGACUUCUCCGUCAUCGUCUGGGACAUUUUCACCGGGAUGAAGCACAUCUUCUGCGUCCAUGGAGGGGUCAGCCAGCUGAUCGUCCCGCCGGAAACUGCAGCGUAAGACGGAGACACCCGCGUGCAGCACUGCGUUUGCUCCGUGGCCAGCGACCACUCCGUCGGCCUGCUCAGCCUGCGGGAGAGGAAGUGCAUCAUGCUGGCGUCCCGGCACCUCUUCCCCAUCCAGGUCAUCAAGUGGCGUCCGGCCGACGACUACCUGGUGGUGGGAUGCUCCGACGGCUCCGUCUACGUCUGGCAGAUGGAUACAGGAGCUCUGGAUCGCUGCGUGAUGGGAAUCACGGCGGUGGAGAUCCUGAACGCCUGCGACGAGCUCGCCCCCGCCACCGUCGACGCCCUGAGCCACUCCGCGGUCAACCUGAAGCAGGCCAUGACGCGCCGCAGCCUGGCGGCGCUCAAGAACAUGGCGCAGCACAAACUGCAGACGCUGGCAACCAACCUGCUGGCUGCUGACAACGCCGACAAGGGUAAUUUGCCCAAAUACUCCCACAAUGCCCUGGUGGUCCAGGCGAUGAAGACCAACCUGACGGACCCCGACAUGCACGUUCUGUUCUUCGACGUGGAGGCGCUGAUCAUCCAGCUGCUGACGGAGGAGGCGCAGCGUCCGAACCCGACGCUGGUCCCCGAGACGCUGCAGAAGAGCCAGGCGGGCGCCGACAAGGGCGGCUCCUUCCUGGCCAACAAAAUCUUCAAACAGGUGAAGGAGACGAUGAAGGAGACGAUCAAAGAGCACCUGCUGGACGAAGACGAGGAGGAGGAAGAGGAGAUGAGGAGGCGCGAGGAGAAGUCCAAGUCUCUGAGUCUGCUGGAGUACAACCUGACCAUGGACACGGCCAAGCUGUUCAUGUCCUGCCUGCACGCCUGGGGCCUCAACGAGCAGCUGGACGGCAUCUGCCUGGAGCGACUGGGCAUGCUCAGACCGCACUGCCCCAUCUCCUUCGGCCUGAUCUCCCGGGGAGGACACAUGUCCCUCAUGCUGCCCACCUUCAAGGAGUCUUUGCUGCGCCAGCUGUCGCUGGCCACCGGCCUGAAGCUGAGUCUGUCCGACAUCGUGGGGAAGGGGACGUACGGCGUGUCCCGGGCCGUCACCACGCAACACCUGCUGUCGGCCAUUUCUCUGGCCAACACGCUGAUGGGCAUGACCAACGCCACCUUCGUAGGCGAGCACAUGAAGAAAGCCCCGGCCAGAACCCCCAGACCAGGAGGAACCCCGGAGUCUCCUCGGAGGACGCCCGCCGCCGCCCCCCAGCCCUCCAACCCGGCGCUACAGGCCCAGAUCAAACAAGCUGCCAGCACUGCUGCUGCCGCUGCCUGGGCCCCUGGGGGACACCCUCAGGGGGCCCCUGGCUCUCAUAACAUCCCCUCAGUCAACGAAGGGUGGAGCCAGCUGGCCGCCAUGCACUGCGUGAUGCUGCCGGACCUCCUCGGCCUGGACAAGUACAGACCGCCUCUGCUGGAGAUGCUGGCGAGAAGAUGGCAGGACCGAUGUCUGGAGGUCCGGGAAGCGGCGCAGGCUCUGCUCCUGGCCGAGCUGAGGCGGAUCGGGCAGUCCGGUCGGAAGGACACCAUUGAUGCCUGGGCUCCGUACCUGCCCCAGUACGUGGACACGGUCAGCUCCCCUGGAACAGCAACAGAGACCCCGCCUCAAGCCCCGCCCCCUCCAGAGGCUCAGCCAGUGGAAACCAAGGCUCCAGAGGAGGAGCUGGACGUGACCGACGAUGACAUCACAGCAGGCUGCCUGUCCAACCUCCCGCCAAACGCCAAGAAGAUCUCCAACUCGUACGAGGAGCGGCGGAAGCAGGCCACCGCCAUCGUCCUGCUGGGCGUCAUCGGAGCCGAGUUCGGCGCCGAGAUCGAACCGCCCAAAGGUUCGGUGCGCGCUCGACCCGGAGGAGCGGUGCCGGAAGGCUUCGGAUCGACGAGCGGCGGCUCAUCCAACUACUCACUCGCCCGACACACCUGUAAGGCGCUGACCUUCCUGCUGCUGCAGCCCCCCAGCCCCAAACUCCCCGCCCACAGCACCAUCCGCCGCACCGCCAUCGAUCUGAUCGGCCGCGGCUUCACCGUCUGGGAGCCGUACAUGGACGUGUCAGCGGUGCUCAUGGGGCUGCUGGAGCUGUGUGCCGACGCAGAGAAGCAGCUGGCGAACGUCACCAUGGGUCUGCCCCUCAACCCCCCCGCCGACGCGGCGCGCUCCGCCCGCCACGCCCUGUCCCUCAUCGCCACCGCCCGGCCGCCGGCCUUCAUCACCACCAUCGCCCGCGAGGUCCAACGGCACAACGCGGCCCAGGCCAACUCCCAGUCCCAGCAGAACGUCCACACCACCACGCUGGCCCGGGCCAAGGCCGAGAUCCUCCGGGUCGUCGACAUCCUGAUCGAGAAGAUGCCCGGAGACGUGGUGGACCUGCUGGUCGAGGUGAUGGACAUCAUCAUGUACUGCAUCGAAGGCUCUCUGGUGAAGAAGAAAGGACUGCAGGAGUGUUUUCCCGCCAUCUGCAAGUUCUACAUGGUGGGUUACUGCGACCGCAGCCAUCGCAUCGCCGUCGGAGCGCGCCAAGGAUCGGUGGCGCUCUACGACGUUCGCACGGGAAAAUGUCAGAACAUCCACGGCCACAAAGGUCCAAUAACGGCGGUGUCGUUCGCGCCUGACGGCCGGUACCUGGCCACCUACUCCAACGCGGACAGCCACAUCUGCUUCUGGCAGAUGAACACCAGCCUGCUCGGCAGCAUCGGGAUGCUGAACUCGGCGCCGCAGCUGCGCUGCAUCAAGACCUACCAGGUUCCUCCGGUCCAGCCCGCCUCGCCCGGCUCCCAGAACCACCUGAAGCUGGCCCGCCUCAUCUGGACCUCCAACCGCAACGUCAUCCUGAUGGCCCACGACGGCAAGGAGCAUCGCUUCAUGGUGUGAUCGGGCCGGGCCCACCGACCCGGACCUGAGCCACGGUUUGGGACCGGACACGGAUUCUACUGAUGGUUCUGAUGAAAACGAAACAAAUACAUUUCUGAACGUAGUGCAGGUCUACGGAAGACAAUUAGUGCCAAAAAACAGGAAUUCUGACUUUUUUCUCAGGAUCGUUUCAGGAAGUUUAAGAUGUAAUUCUGAGAAAAAAGCAAAAUUCUUUAAUUUUCUCAAAAUUCUGAAUUUUUUUCUCAAUUACUUUUUUUCUCAAAUUUAUUCAAAGUUCUGAAUUUUUACCCAAGUAUACGACUUUUCCUCAAAAUUCUGAAUUUUUUCACCAAAUUCUGAAUUUAUUCUGAUUCUGUAAAACAUUUUCAUCCUCGAUAUCUUGACACAUGAUCAAACAUGACAUUAUUAUUGAUACAUAUUUUGUCCAGAUGCUUGUUUCUGUUUUGGACUGGAGCUCAUUAUAUUAUUACCUCUAGUGAAAGUUUUGCACUUUCACCAAAAGUGAACAUUUCCUGUUAUUAUAGGAAAUUUAAUCUAUAAUCUAAAUUUCAGCAAAUAUUUCUCUUUUAAUUUUCUAUCUAUGCUCCAUCAGGAACUAUGAGAAUUUUUUUUUUCAUUGGCACUAAUCGUCUUCCAUAGGAGCAUCUGGAGGUCCAAACCCAAACUCAGGUCCAGGUUUGGCUCCUGUUUUAUCCGCUACAGUUGAUCAUGUUGAAGUUUUGUGUUUUUUUAUCAUUUCUUUUGGUUCAUAUUUAUUUGCUGCUGUUUAUUUAAAGUUUUUAUUAGUUUCUGUUCUGAUCAAAGUUUCUCACCAUAAAACUGUCGACAUUCUGGAUCUGUUCCUGUGUGUGUGUGUGUGUGUGUGUGUGUGUGUGUGUGUGUGUUUCAUCAUUAAACACACUUUAAUGAUGUGUUCAGUCACGGUUCCAGUUGAGACGCUGCAGCCAGAAAGUGAAACCUGAAGUGACUUUUAUUCUAAUCUGAGUUGGGUUUCUGUUUAAUCUCGUGUUCAUGCCAGAUUAUUGAUCCUCUUCCUGCUGAAAUCACAGAGCUGCCGUUUCCGUGGCUGCAGUGAACGUCUCGUCCCGUUUGUCGCGCUUCUCGCUUCCGCAGUGAAAAAGAUUUUUAUUUAAAUCAUAAACUGACUGAAGGACGGAGAACCGAUGGAAAUCAAAAUGUUUUGUCUCUUUAUUUUGGACUUUAUUUAUGUUAAAUUUAUUUGGAUUAAACUUUUUUACUUUUAACUUUUUUCACGUAAAACUGUCCAGAAAAAGUUUCUCAUUUCUUAAGACUUCCAGAUUUAAAGCUUUUAUUAUUUUCUUUCUCUCCUUGAAACACUUUAAAGUCCUGGUUCUCAAGCUGUGGUGCACGGCCCACCAGCGGUACGCCUGAUGGUAAAGAUUUGAGCCUGAUGACAUGAAAUCUCAGAUCAGACAUCUGCAGGGUCGGCUAGCUGCUAGCAACAUGACUAGCAUGAAGCAGGUUGUGCAGAGAAAGAGUUGAGUUGGUCGAAGUGACCUGUUGGCUUUAUGUGCAAGGCGGCCAUGUUGGAUUCUCAAAUGUGGAUUUGGAUAUUUGAAACAAGGAGUAAAUAUCGAUAAUGACACUUGAUUCUUCAGUUAUACAAUAAGAGAAAAGAUUUACUUCCUGUAUCUGUUCUGAAACGUUUCAGAACCGCUGCUUUAAUAGUUCACUAGAACUUCUGUUGGUACCAAAAUCUGAGUUCAGAAAAACCAAUAAAAGUUUCAAUCAAUUCAGAUUUUUAGUUAUCAUUACUGAACUGAAUGUUUCCUGCUUUCAAAUUUCUCCUAUUUUUUCUUUUAUUAAAUUGCUGAAGUUUUUCUGUAAAAAGUGAAACUUUGACCCAAAAUGUUGUGAAAAGUCAAACUUUCCUCCAGUAAAUGAUCAGAAAAUCUUUUCAGAUGAUUUCAGGUAAAAAUUCACUGCAGAAAAACUCGAUGUUUGUUUAAAACAUUUUGUAAAUCAACUUCAACCUGUUACAUGAUUAUCUGGUAAAAACUUGGAUAUUUUGCACAAUUUAAAACAUUUUUUUCUUUGUUUUGAUUCUUUGUGUUAAAGUUUUUAUUGAAUGUUUUUCUUCCUGCUGUAAAACGUCGUCAAGCUUUUAGUUUCGUUCAGAGGAAACUAUCUACAUGUAGAUCUAUAUAGAGUUGUAUCUAGAAAGCCGUUUCUGUGGCGCUCCACCUGUAAACCGCAGCGUGUCAAAGCUUUUCACAGCUUCUUCUUCUCCUUAAAGAGGAAAAAGCGGUGCAGCUUCUGAUCGGAGGGAUUUCUGAGGCGACCUGACAGCUCUGAGAUCUUAAUCUCUCCCUCUCUGCAGCACUCUCUUCACAGUUUGAGGAAAUAUGUUUGCUGCGCGUCUCGGGGGGAAGACGGGUGAGAAAAAUACGGGAGGCAGAGAGUAAGUAAGGAUCAGAGCAUCGGAGCGGAAAAACCCAGAAGAAAACUACAAACCAAACUUCUGCUUUCCUCAGAUAUUAUUUCCAGAAAAUGAUGAUUCUGUCAGCUGGUUGGUUUGUUUGCAGUCGGUCGGUGUUGGUGUCGUGUGAAGUGAUGCAUGGAUGUGAGCUUCGCUCCACAGCUGCUGAAAUCUGAUCAAUGUGUCGUAUUCAAACGUGAAUUGAUGUUUAAUAAAGACGUAGAUUAAAACUA